CUAGAUAAGAAUUCCUCAAAUUGGGAGAAAAAAGUUGUGGAAUGGCGCCAUCUCGUCGUUUAUAUAAAGAAUGGGAAGAGUUGGAAAAAGCUAAGAAACAAGACCCUGAUAUCUUUCUUUAUCCAACUGACGAUAAUUUGUUGCACUGGCAAGCAAAGUUGAAAGGUCCUGUCGACUCACCUUAUGAGGGUGGAACUUUUGUUUUGGAAAUUCGUAUUCCCAACAAUUACCCUUUAUCAGCACCCACCGUUCGACUGAAAACUAAGAUAUUUCAUCCCAACAUUCACGCCAAAACUGGAGAAAUCUGUUUGGAUAUUCUAAAAACCACUUGGAGUCCUGCAUGGACGUUACAGUCUGUUUGUCGUGCCAUUUUGGUAUUGCUGUCUCAUCCAGAACCUGACAGUCCUCUCAAUUGUGACGCUGGUAACUUAUUGAGAGCUGGUGACUUGCGUGGCUUUCGUUCUGUUGCGAAGAUGUAUACAGUGCUAUUUGCAAAGCAAGAUUAAAGAACCUUGUUGGAUGAACCUCG